AUUGAAACCCUUCUGAGUAUCUUGGAAAAAAUCCUUCUGAGCAUCUUCACCUCGAACGUGGGCCAAGAAGGUUUCGUCAGCUUUGAACAGAGUGACGGAUGUGGCUUGUCUUGUGACCGGUGCGUAAUUAUGCUCCUGGCGGGAUUACUUUGCGUAACCCUGUAACGGGGGUAAGCGAAAAAACAGCUAAACAAUGAUGAGCUCUGUGGCCUAAGCUUUGCCAUACGCAACGAUAUCUCAUCCCGACGCCAUUGAUAAGAACAAUCACGCGUCCGGCGGCCCCAGAGUAAACAAAUGAACUACCAACAAUCCCGAGCUCGCUGACCCUUUCCGACAUAAAUAGAACCGCAGCGCUCAGAUAACGCUUGCAAGUUCCCCUGUACCGAUUUCCAACGCGACUUGCAUCGUUGUGCCAGUUCCGUGCGUUUCUCUGUGUAUUUGCUUGUGUGUGUGCCGUAUCGUCGUGAGCAGUAAAGCGAUGGGAAAAGAUCGUUGCCUUAACAUUACCACCGUGCAGGCGAAGGAUAUUCGGUGGCCGACGUCCCUGGGAGCCCACGGUUCCGAUGCAAUGCAUACGGAUCCGGAUUAUUCCUGCGUGUACGUGACGAUCGCUACCGCCGAAGGUCCUGCCGGGUACGGUAUGACGUUUACGCUUGGCCGGGGAACGGACAUCGUGCUGCUCGCUGUCCGGGCGAUGAAACGGCUCGUCGAGGGUCGUACUACGGCCAGCAUUUUCGAGCGUUUCGGAGCGUUCUGGCGUGAACUGACGAGCGAUUCGCAGCUCCGUUGGAUCGGACCGGAGAAAGGUGUAACGCAUCUGGCGGUGGCCGCAAUCGUCAACGCACUGUGGGAUCUGUGGGGUCGCAUACGGAACGUACCAGUGUGGCGACUACUGGCAGAGAUGGAACCCGAGGAGCUGGUUUCGACGAUAGAUUUUCGUUACAUCGAAGAUGUCAUCACACCGGAGGAGGCAAUUGCGAUGCUGCAGGAAACGAAAUCAUCUCGAGACGAUCGCAUCCGGCAUCUGCUCGAAACGGGAUAUCCAGCGUACACCACACAGAUAGGAUGGCUUGGGUACAGCGACGAAACGAUCCGAGGCCUCUGCAGAAAGUAUCUUGCAGCAGGCUUCAAGGCAUUCAAGAUGAAGGUAGGCCAAGAUUUGCAGAACGACAUAAAACGCUGUAAAUUGGUGCGGGAUGAAAUCGGAUGGGACAAUCAGUUCAUGAUUGAUGCAAAUCAAAACUGGAGCGUCAAUGCUGCGAUCGAAUGGGUCAAAAACUUGAAAGAAUUUAAACCGCUAUGGAUUGAGGAACCAACUUCUCCGGAUGAUGUGCUGGGUCACGCAAGGAUAGCAGCUGCGUUGAGGGAGUACAACAUUGGAGUAGCGACCGGAGAAAUGUGUUGCAAUCGUGUCAUGUUUAAACAGUUUAUGCAGGCCAAUGCUCUCGAGUUUUGUCAGAUAGAUUCAGCACGCAUCGGAGGGGUGAAUGAGAUACUGGCCGUGUAUUUGAUGGCUAAGAAGCUUGGAGUGAAAGUUUGCCCCCACGCCGGCGGUGUUGGACUGUGCGAGAUGGUGCAGCACCUGCAAAUGUGGGACUACUGUUCCGUUUCGUGCACGAUGGAGGGACGCAUGGUAGAGUUUGUCGAUCAACAGCACGACCAAUUUGUGUACCCGGCAAGGAUCAAUGAGACAGCAUGCUACAUCGCUCCGAGUGCACCGGGGUAUUCUACCGAGCUGAAGGAAGAAGCCAUUUUACAGUUUGAGUAUCCUCACGGAACGGAAUGGGGGCGUAUGUUCCGUGAGAAAAUAUUCACACAGGAAAAUUACUAAGCAGUCAACAUGAUGGAUAACAACAAAUGCGAAAUACCUAUUCGACAUUUAUUCAUAGUUAUAACAGUUACAACUCGAGUUUGCUUUGAAUUUGAAUGCUACAGUAAACAUUUGUGGUGUUUCGCGGUCCAA